AUGGGCCAACACUUUUGCUACUGGCAUGAAUUGGUGGUGCAUUGGUUAGCUCAGGAGAUCAACAUGGUCAUGGGUGCAUUUGUGGGAGAGGAGGAUGAAGCUGAGGAUGUGACUGAGCAGCUGAGUGAGUCAGGUUGUGUCUUUCACACCAGGAAUGAGAAAGCAUUCAUAACAUACCUGGGGGAUAUUGAUGAGGUAGCAAAGCAGUUGUUUUCCACCUAUAAUGGUAUGGUAGACACAGUGACAGAGGAUUAUUUGGAGGCAAUGCCUAUCUAUCAGGACAAAGUCAUUGAGGCACUUCAGGAUGCUUAUGACCAGCAAGAGACAAUAAAGGAUGGAUACACUGAGUGCUUGUGGUGGUUCCAUACCAAAGUGUUGUUCAGCACAAUCAGGUUUGAGCAAGGGAUCUACAAGGAGCAAAUGAUUCAAGCAAUGAGAGUGGUAAUGGAGAGGAGGCUGAAAAUGAAAGACAAGAUUGAUAUAAAGUGGGCUGAGUCAAAACAGUUAAUGAAGGAUAUGACAGAGCACCCGUACACAGUGAUGAAGAAGCACAUAGACUCCAGGAAUGAAGCCACUGUUGGUGACUGGGUGGGACUGGCAAUGCAAGAGUGUAAAAAAGCAUGUACCCUGAGAUACAAAGCUAUCGAUCCAAGGCCUGGUCUUGGAGAUGGAGAUCAUGUCAGUUUACCGCCCCAGGGUGUUGGCAGGCCUGAUGGUGUGGAGUCUGCACAAUACACUCGCAGAGUUGAUGAACAUACACUGGCAAUGAUCAAAGCUCAAACCUGCAACAGCAGGAUUGCUCAUGACUCUAUCAUCAUGAACAUACUGGGAUGGUGUUAG